AUGUUUGCUUUUCCGCUCAUUCCUCCUCAAGAGGAUCCCUCUUCCUUUCUACGCACAGCAUAUCGUCCACGCGCCGAAUCACCGCCUCCACAAGCCGGCCAGAAUCAACAGCAGGCCCACCGCGAGCGCCAACGACGCGAUGAAGAGCGCAAGUUACAUCACGCGCGUAGUCCACUCGCUCUCCUCGCCGCAGACGAAAAUGCCAUCGAAGCGCGCAAGAACGCUGUUCGCAUGUUCGGCUCCCACUGGAUCAGACCGCCUGGGGUCGCAAAGACCCUUCAGGCGCAAGAGGAGGAGAUCGCUGAGCGGCUCGAGCAGGACGAGUUAGAGCGGCAGGAACGAGGAAUUGCCGAUAUGCAAGCUCAGCAACAACAGGCCGAGGCUGAGGCUGAGGCAGAACAACACGCCGCUGCCGAAGAAGCUGGCGAGCUGGAAGAAGAGCGCGAUUUGGAUGAUGAC